GUUUUCGUGCGGCACGACGAGGCGCGCCUCGACACGUGGCGCCUCGUCCUCUCCGGCCCAGUCGACACGCCGUACGCGCACGGCUUGUUUGUCUUUGACGUCUACGCGCCGCCAGAGUACCCGUCCAUCCCGCCGCUCGUCCAUUUCGAGACGACCGGCGGCGGCACCGUCAAGUUCAACCCGAACCUCUACGCCGACGGCAAGGCGGCGGCGCUCGCCCGUUCGCACACUCGUGCAGCCGCGAACGCCACCGAGAAGUGGGACCCCGCCGUCUCGACCCUCUUCCAGGUCGCGGUCUCCAUCCAGUCGCAGAUCCUGGUGCCGCACCCGUGCCAGAACGAGCCGGGGUACGAGGGCGUCGCGCCGGAUUCUGCGGAGUCGCGCGAGUACAACGCCAAGCUGCGGCUCUACACGAUGCGACACGCGAUGCUCGGCGCGCUGCGCAGCCCGCCCGCCGGCUUCGAGGAUGUCGCUGCCGCGCACUUCGCCUCGCUCCGCGACCGGAUACUCGACACGUGCCGCGGCUGG